AUGCGCAUUCAGAUCCACCCAGGGUCGGCGCCCGCAUCGGUGGAUCUGUCCGACGUGCCAGGGCCACUGCUACGACUCAGUCCUAAUGGUGAGCUGGUACUAGUUGAGCUGCAAGGAUCGCUGGAAAUGGACGGACUUGUGUCGGGCGGCGGCCACACGAUCGGAACGUUGCGCUUCCCUGCCAGCCAAGAGGGAAAGCCCGUGUUGCAAAUCUCGCACCAUCGCCUGGAAGGCAGUUUUGUUAAGCUACGGAAGCCACUGGCUGUGUUGGAGAAGCGUGUGGGUUCGGCAGAUACCCUGGACAUGGAACAUGCACCUGAUCACGACGCGGAACUGCAGCAUGCAUCCUCGCCCCCCACAAGUCCACUCGCGCAUGACGACUUGUACGCGUCCCCUUCGCAGCAGCGCAAGCGCGCAAAAACAGAUUUAGUCCAAACUCCGACGCGUGCAGGGCAUGGUACGGUAAGCAGCAGCCCGAUGCCGGAGCGCAUGCAGCGCUUCUCCGACGGCUUCAUGGAUUUUUCCUCUCCGCAGGGGAAGGGUGCGGUGGAAGAGAGACCGCAUGUCGUCACGUCGUACCAUGUCGUGACGAUUGUACGCCAAAAGCUACUUUUUGCGAGCCGCCCAGAGCCGGUGGUACAGCUGGACAGCUGA